AACGAGAGUUCGGGUGAUAAACAUUUUGGGACGUUAUCUCGAAAUGAUUUUCAAUAGUAGCGCGUAAAACCCCACCGUUAAAUCGUUUCCGAAAAGAGGAAUAACUUACAAUUAUUGGAAUAAAUUAAUAAUAUUAAUGUUUAUUUAUAAUAACGACGGCGAUGGUCGUAUUAUUAUUACUAUUAUGUACAAUUACGGACAACGGUAGGCCAUGAAUGUAGUUUGUGAGGUACUGUCGUGCAACUCUUCCUGGAAAAUGGUCGUGUGCGAUUUAUUGUUUUUAACGUCCGUUUUUGCACUCUUGUCACCGGAUCGUCGCUGAUCAGAAGACGUUUUCCACCAAUACAUUAAAAAUAUUCAUUCGGAACCAAAUUUCAUUAUUUUCACUUUCCACUAUCCAGUUCUUUGCGUCUACGGGUGAAAUAAUGAAUUUUGUCAUCGAUCUGAACAACAAGACAGCCGGCCGUGACAGAAUAGCGAGGUUUGUACAAUAUGGUUCAAAAACGACAUGGCAUUAUAUGGAAAAAAAUGACUUUGAUGACAAAUCAAUUGAAAAAUUCAAACAGCUCGAACAGUCCUUGGCAGCAUUUCGUAAAGUAUUGAGGUUUGGCCGUUUUAUCGAUUCAUUGCAUACUGCAUUGCGGACUGUUAAUCAUUCAGAUAAAACUAUUAGAUUUUGUGUGACAUUUUCAAAGAUAGCUCAUUCUUUGUAUCUGUUUUGUGACCAUUUUUUGUGGUUGAGUAGAAAUAACUUGAUACAAAUAAAUGCAUCAAGUUGGGGUCAAGUAAGCAAUAAAUAUUGGUUACUAUCUAUAGUUCUGAAUCUUGUCAGAGAUGCAAUAGAGUUGAAUAAUUUAUUUAAAGCAAUUCUAAAGAAAAAAAUUCUUAACACUCUGAAUAGAAAAGUAGCUCCUAAAGAUGUUUUCACUGGUGAAGCAGUCCAAUUUGUUCGAAGCCAUAAAGACUUGUUAAUCGAUACUGUAAAAAAUAGCUGUGAUUUAAUGUUACCAUUGACGAAUUUAGGAUUUAUUAGGUUAAGUCCAGGUACAAUAGGUGUUGUUGGUAUGAUAUCAUCAGUGCUCAGCUUGUACACAUUGUUAGAUCAGAAAGCCAAGUUACCUUACACGUGAAUUAUUUGUUGUCAUUUAAACUUUUUGAUAAAUCAACAAGUAUCAAAACAAGAAUUUAAUUAAAUUUGGAUACAAUAUGUUAUAAACUUAUAAUCAAAAAUUUUAUUUUUAUAAAGUUUUGUCAAAUUAAUUUUUUUUAUUAAAUUUUUGUAUAUUUUAUACUUGAACAAAUAAAAUCAAAUAAAAUUUAUAAUGUAAAACUUUUAUACUGUUAAUUAAUUUUAUUGAAAAAAAAAUCUUGUUGUUAUUAUUUUUUUUUUUAUAAAUGUAUAAUGAUUUGUAAUUUUUUAAUAAUUAUCUUGUUUUUUUUUUUUUUAUCAUUAUUAUUAUUAAAUAGUUAAGUACUAAAUAAAAGUACAAGUCUGUUAGAAUAGUAUUUUGUUGAAGCCAUUGAAGGUGUUCAACUUUUGGUUUCUGUGGUAUUUGGAUUUUAGAAGGUUUAUGAUUGGCCUAUUGAAUAAUUUAAUUUAUGUGAAAUAAAAUAAUCAAAUAAUCAGUUAAAAAACAAGAAAAGCUAAUAAAAUACCUAAAUUGUUUAUUAUUUUCA